AUGGCAACUCACUAUGGACGACACUUGGAGCGACUCCAACGUGGUGAAUACCUUGAAAGCAAUAUACUACUUGCACUAUGUGAGCGAGUAAAAGAUCUUCUUGUUGAAGAUGAUAAUGUCGUUCAUGUGUCAUCCCCUAUUGCUGUCUGUGGAGAUAUUCAUGGGCAAUAUCAUGAUCUUCUUGAGCUAUUUAAAUUAACAGGACAGGCACCUGAUACAAGUUACGUCUUUUUAGGUGAUUUUGUCGAUCGUGGAGCAAUGAGCGUUGAAACAAUAUCGAUAUUAUGUGUACUAAAGGCCAUUUAUCCGGACCGUGUGACCUUAUUACGUGGUAAUCAUGAAUCACGACAGACAACACAAGUCUAUGGAUUUCAAAUUGAAUGCAUGAAGAAAUACGAUGGCGAUGCGCGUAUUUAUAAAGCAUUUAUGGAUUUGUUUGACUUUUUACCCUUGGGAGCACUUAUUGACAAUCGUUUACUAUGUCUACAUGGAGGCUUAAGUCCAGCAUUACAUCAUUUGGAUCAAUUACGGAUGCUUGAUCGGUUUCAAGAGAUUCCACCAGACGGAAUUUUUGCUGAUAUUGUAUGGUCGGAUCCAGACCCCAAGACAUUGGGAUUUCAUAUGUCACCGCGAGGAGCUGGAUAUAUCUUUGGAGAAGAUGUCGUGGAGAAGUUUUUACGCACAAACAAGCUAGCGCAUAUAGCGAGAGCGCAUCAAUUGUGUAUGGAAGGAUAUCAAGUCCUGUUUCGAGAAACCUUUUCAACGGUUUGGAGUGCACCAAAUUACUGCCACCGCUUUGGAAAUCUCGCAGCUAUUAUGGCAGUUGACGAUCACCUUGAGCGCACUUACAAAACGUUCAAGGAAGCCCCAUCGUCUAGAACUAUUGGCGUGUUGGACAGCAAGGGUACAAGCUCUGACGCUAUUGACGCCGGCUACUUUACGUAA